AGUGAUGCCCUACCUACCACCAAAAUACGCCCUUUUGGCGUUCCGGAGACAGUUGGCUUCUCGGCAGGAUGAUGCACAGCUUUUCAGGACGAUGGUCCCCCAGGUUUUCUCCACGAUACUUCUUCUUCGUUGGAUCUGCUCAAGCCCCUUUGCCCUUGCUCUUGUCUUACUCUCCUCUUCCGCCAUCGCCAUUCCCCAAAAGAGCUUCUGACUUUGGCAUUCGCUGAAAGAACAACCACCUUGUUUUGGGGCGGCCGUAAAUUGCCUGUCAUAUCGAGUUAUAUACCGCAUCAAUAAUGCCGUCUGCCGUGGACCAUCCUAUCUCCGUCGUUGCUUCUGAGCGCGCCGUCAUCGCCGGCCGUCUUACUGCAGCAACAGUUGUCAUCUCCUUGACAACGGGAAAAAUCACAUCAAUUUUUGACUGUGUGCUCCCUCCGUCAGACUUUCCUGAGGGAACACCCUAUAUAGACCAUUCUCCUCAUGUUCUUCUCCCUGGGCUUGUUGACGCCCAUGUCCACCUCAACGAGCCAGGACGAACAGAAUGGGAAGGCUUCGAGACCGGCACCAAGGCUGCUGCGUUUGGCGGCGUCACAACCGUUGUUGACAUGCCACUGAAUGCAAUUCCACCUACCACGACAGUAUCGAACUUCAAAGAGAAGAUCAACGCGGCUCAGGGCAAAUGCUGGGUAGAUGUUGGUUUCUACGGCGGCGUUAUUCCUGGUAACCACACCGAAUUGACGGCCUUGGUCAAGGAAGGUGUCCGAGGGUUCAAGGGUUUCCUGAUUGACAGCGGUGUGGAUGAAUUCCCCGCAGUGUCCUCGGACGAUAUCACGCUGGCAAUGAAAGAGCUCGCCGAUGAACCAACGACGCUCAUGUUCCACGCCGAGAUGAUCCCUCCCAUUUCUGACUCCGUCGGUGACGCGGUUCAGCACUCCGAGCCGCCUCUUUUCCCCCACGGCGCACUGACCUCCUACAACACCUUCCUCCUCUCCCGCCCGCCAGCGUUUGAGACAUACGCCAUUGCUGAGAUUCUCGCUCUUGCCUCUGUCGCACCAGAUCUUCCCUUGCACAUUGUCCACCUCUCUGCCAUUGAGGCCAUCCCUCUACUCCGCCAGGCCCGCGCCAGAGGCGUCAAGAUCACCGCCGAGACGUGCUUCCAUUACCUCAGCAUCGCCUCUGAGAAGAUCAACGACGGUGAUACGCGACACAAGUGCUGCCCGCCCAUCCGGACACAGUCCAACCAAGAUGGUCUCUGGGAGGAGCUUCAAAAGGACGACAAGGAGACGGUAAUCCAAACCGUUGUGUCGGACCACUCACCUUGCACACCUGACCUGAAAUGCUUGCCUCCCACCGUUCCUCGUGGCACGGAAGCCGGCCCCAACACUGGAGAUUUCUUCAACGCCUGGGGCGGUGUCUCGUCUGUCGGGCUUGGUUUGAGCAUCCUGUGGACGGAGGGCCAGCACCGCGGCAUCACCAUUGAGGAUGUUGUCAAGUGGUGCUGCGCCAACACGGCGAAGCAAGUCGGUCUUGAACACCAAAAGGGCGACUUGGCCGUCGGCUUUGACGGCGACAUUGCCGUCUUUGACGAUCAAGGUUCUUUUAUGGUCGAGCCCAGCACUAUGCUCUUCCGCAACAAAUGCUCCCCCUAUGAAGGCCGCGAGCUCAAGGGCGUCGUCCGCGAGACAUAUCUCCGCGGCCAGCGCAUCUUUAGCCGCGCCGACGGAUUUACGAAGAAAUCGGGUCCUCAAGGCCAAUUGCUUCUUGAGCCCAGAACGACUCGCACAUGAUUCGCAUGUUUUGCCUGGGAAAUAAAAAUAAAACCACUAUCGUAUUUUUUUAUCAUGACUAUUCUCAUGCAAGUAUGCUGUAAUCAGCAUCAUUGCAUUGUGUUUACUCUCUCUUUUGCAUAGCAGCAUCACCAGUUGGCAUUACGUAAGCGGCUGUUUGGCGUUUUCUUUUUCUUUUGAUUCCGUUGCACUCGCGGUGCCAGGUUAGGUGUCCUUCGAAAGGAAGGACAGGGGAUGGGUUAUAGCAAUUUUCCUCGAAUGAUUAGGUUAGGCU